AUGCUAACUCUCAGACAGAACUUAACCAUGAAUAUUACUGCCUUAACUGAAGAUGUGGCCACUCAUGAGCGUUUUGAGGAAAAUGUUCAUGUGGUAGAACAUGUCUUGGCUGAUGUUACUGAUGCUUUAGCCAAACAUGACCCAGUUUCCACAAACAAGAAUAUCCUUAUGGAGAGGCUUGCCAAGUUGAAACAGCUUGUUCUGUUGUUUGUUAACAAUUCUGACAAUCUCCACACUGUUAAUGAUCUGAGACACCAUCUGUCCCUGGAUGAAGCAAAUGCUAGUCGACUGAGAGAUAUUAAUCAUCAGUGGCAAACACUUUAUGAAGAUGCCAUUGAUAGAACAAGAAUGUUGCAAAGUAGCCUUGCCUCCCAUCAAGACUUUACCUCCAAAUAUGAUAUGUGGAUGACUUUUGUGACCAAGACCGAGCAGGAUCUAGCUGUGUGUGUCAGUGGAAACCUUAGUGAUUUGCUUGAGCAGCGUCACAUAUGUCAGCUGUGUGAAAGUGAGAUACUUGCCAGAGAAAAUAUGCUGCAUGAUAUUAUCACUGAUGGAGAGAAGAUGAUCACAGCAGGAAAAGUAGAAGAUGAGACAUUUCAUCAGAAACUUAAGUGGAUGGUUAAACAGUUUUUGAGCAUGUGCACAAAAGCCAAUCAGAGAAAAGCUUUUAUUAAAAAGCUGAUUUCUCAGUGGCAGGAGUUUAGUGCACUUUGUCAGCAGUUAAAAAAUUGGCUGCAGGAUAAAGAAAAUGUCCUCAAGAACUUUGAAUCUGAUAUAAGUUCUUUACAGAUGAUAACAGUCUCGCGAGAGAGGAUCCAG